UGUCCCCACCUCAUUGUGCCCGGUGUGGGGGGUGAGAUCCGGCAGCUCGAGCCGCAGGAUCAUGUCUUCAAAGGAGGACUGGGACGGGACUGCCCUGGAGCCGCUCAGCCAUGUGCAAGAUGUAUCCCGUGCGUGGGACAGCCUUUUAGAAGCUAAAAAUGUGUUACAGAGAAUAGAGAACAAGGUUGAUGUGCAGAAUCAGCGUCGUAGACGGGCUCAGAAGGCACGCCGGAGGUUACAGCUUGAAAAGAAUUCGUUUUCUGGUUCGGAUUCCUGUCCUUCAACCGUCGAUGAUUCUUCCCAUCCAGAGAGACAGGAGAUCUAUCAGAGGAAACCUGACGAGACCUUCACGCUGCACAGUGAAGCCAAUUUUUUAUCCAAGAUGGAUAUACCUUGGGAUCUCUCGAGUAGAACAAGGCCUACACCAUUUCUGCAAGAAGAUAAACCAUCUAUUGAUAGUUUUCAUCGAUACCAUGUGAGUGAAAAUGUGUUGGCGAAGUCAAGCCAGGAAAAUUUAAGUAACGGCCAAGUGAUGGCUUUAAGAGGUUCCACAGAAGAGUAUGUAGACCAGGUCCUGAAACCUUCCAGUCUGGGUCUCCAAACAAACACUGCAGAAGACGAGAUGGAAGAAGUAGUCAAUCCCUAUCCAGCUGAGACCUUUCCACCUUCUGGAACGUAUAUUAGACCCAGUUUGUCCCAAGAGAACAUCACCUCCUCGCCUUCUACGAAGGUUGACCUCUACAUGGAGAAGCUUGAACACCUGAAGAGUAAAUCGCCCAAAAGCAAACUUGAAAAACUCAAAGAAAAGAUCCAGGAACAAAAAAGACGCCAAGAUCUCUCCAAGAGGAAUCCAACGAAACCUAAUCAGAAACCAGAACCCCAUGGCAAACCUCCCAUGAAAAGGAAAAUUUGCAAAGUGACCUUUGGUCCUCCAGCCCGCUGUCACAAAGGGUUUAGCGCUGGUAAUGCAGAAUCAGUCCCCAUCAAUAGUGAAGAAAAGGCUAUAAAAAGAGAGAAAGAAAAUUUUAAGACGUUCCCCAAGAAUGAAGGAGAUGUUGCCUUCAGAUGUUCCAGAGGGAAACUAAAAAGCAAGAGUCCGGUUACCAGAAAACUCUCCUUUCAGUCGCCAUCUCCGGAGAGGAACGCAAAACAUUCCGGUCUUUAUGGAGCUUCAGCAUGGAGAGAAGGACAGAGACUCGUCCAGAAGAUAUUAGGGCCAUCACCGGUCACAUUGUUGAAACAUCAUUCACCUAAGGCAGAUAACCUAAAAUCUAUGCAGACGGGAAGCUGCAGAAGAUGCCAGAAGAUGGGAUCACCCAAGCAGCAGCCCAACAGCGAUAAGUUUGUGAAAGGAAGAAUAGAUAGUGGUCAGGUCAGAGCUGAAGGACAUCAGUCAAGACCUGGAUGUGAAAUGUCUAGUAAAGAUCGAGAGAAACCAGGAAAUAGUAAUAGAUCAAAGAGUUUUUCUCCAAAAAGACCCCAUGCCACCACCAACAACAUGGAGAAGAGGCCCCUUGGAAAGGAAAACGUCGGGGACAACCAUGAGGUUCAACCCAAUGGUGACAAAAGACGAAAUUACAGCGUGGAGCAAAUCCGAGACUUCAUGAAGAAGAAGGCGGAGGAAAGACAGAAGAUGGAGCGUGAGAACCAGGUGAAGAUGAAGAAAGCUCUGCAGACGAGGAAGGAACAAUUGGAUAAUGUGAUUAAGAAGCAGAAAGAGGCUUUUCCACCAAAGAGAGGAGGCGGAAGCCCAACUGUGCCCUGGAAGAACGUCCGGAGACAACCUGGUCCCCUUGACUGUGACUUUGACUUAAAGGAGGUGGAAAAAGUCAGGAAAAACCUCUCUGAGUGGCUUCAUGUAACCUCCAAUGACUUACUGGGAGAAGACCAUAGAUCAAGCAACGGAAAAACUAAAAAACAGAAGACAGACAUCCCGUCAAAGGAUGAGCACUCCAGCCCACUCCGAAUUCAAGACUUGGCUCCCGUUCCCACCAUAAGCCAAGACAUCCAGGUCAAGGAUGUUAUCUUCUCGAGAGAUCUGAGUGAUGAUGGCUUACCUUCUCAAAAAGCCUCUGACUUCUUCUCGCAGUGUGGAUCCCACCAGGAGCGUCUACGUGCAAUACUGACCACAGCUAAGGACCUGGGUAGGAGGGUUGAGCUGGAGUGUAACAAACUUGGAUCUCCAACCCUUGACCAACACACACAUGUGUCCUCACCUUCUCCUUGUUCACCUCCACAAAUGACGUCAGCAUCUGGUAAAUAUCCCAUUGUGGAUGAGCCCAUUGAUGGUCAAACUGAGAAACGUCUCCACGUAAAUAUAGGGAAGACCCCAGAAGAAAAGGAAUUCAUCUUUCCUACGUCUGUAGACUCUGCUGUGUGCUGGACCAAAGAUGGUACAAAAGUUUCUACUGGACCUUCUGAGACAUACAAACAUGGCAGGAAGAAAGAACACACAGAGAAAACCACAUCUCAAGCCAAAAGGCUCCAUCCACAAGUUCACAGCGAAAAACCACAGAAAAGUGGUUUCAUCCGUGGAUCUGCCAGCACAAGCCCGCACAGAGGAUCAGAUGGAAGCAGCCCGAAAUGGCGGAGGGAAACUUCACGGUCACCGCCAAGGCGGAAAACAGCGUCUCCUCGGAAAACGGCGUCUCCUCCACACAGCGAAAAGAAGGGGACGCGAGGAACACCGCAUCGCGAGGGAUCCUCCUCUCCAGGCAGGCGGAUGGAGAUAGCACCCCGAAUACAAGCUCAGCUUCAGCAACAAGAAAAGGACCUGGCUGCGCUGAGGCUGAAAGCAGAGACGGAGGCCGCGGAGGCUCAGAGGUGCCUGGAGGAAGUGAUGAGACGUCACCGCCACCAGGGUCCAGGGCUCGAAACCAGUUCUACCGAAACGGGCGGACACCGUCACCACAGCCGUGGUCAAGAAAGUGGAAAUGAUGGGUUCGGAGCUGGAUUGGGCGCAUGUAUGGAAUUUGACCAGCGCGGCGCGGGCAACGUCAGUCCGGUCACUUCGCACGGUACCACGAGUGCUGCACCUACUGAAACAAUAAGCCUGGAGCAUUCCUGGGAUCACACAGAACCGGCCACAGACUCCACCAGCAAGUGGAGUGAGGUUGGCGAGUUUUACGGUUCCCCGAACAUGUUCACGCGUUUCAGCCCUGGAGAUGUCACAGCAGUAUCUCCGAGAAGAGGAAUUGCGUGCUAGACACCAGACCGCUCUCCUCCGGCUCCGGGAAGAAGCUCUUAAAGAGAAGACCAAGGCAGAAUUGGCCCUGCUAAAUCACCAGAAGAUAUACUGGGAAACGAAGAACGAGCCGAGUAAAUUGGAAGAACUCCAGAGACAGGAGCAUGAAACCCAGAGGAGCCUGAAGCAAGAG